ACAUCGAUUUUCUCAAAAGGUUCCCGAGACCAAAAGAACACCCAGCUACCCAUUUCUUGCGAGCGAGAGAUAGGGUGAUGCACUGUUUUAAUUGCCUAGUUGGCCCGGAAGCCCGAGCAGGGCCACGGCAGCCCAUUGUCGGGCUCCAAAGAGAUCGUUGAGUACGAGAAAAUCUUGAAUAUUCGGGACCAGAUAUUCUCUGGAAAUCACCCGCGAUUAAAGGUUCCUCAGCAUGUCAUUCGCAACUUCACUCCUCGAUCAGUUCAAAGCCCCUCAAUACCUACUACUCCCUCCGGCCCAGCAGAGACGGCGACGGCCGCGCAGCAAAAGGAAAGCCAGCUGCCGAGCAGUGUACAGAGAUCUCCUCCAGCGAAUGAAUCUUCAGCGAGCCGAGAUGCAAUUACAGCGGCAGAGGAUUGAACGUGCUCUGCGUGACCAGGUGGAGCAGAGGAGGAUAGAUGCUAAAACAAAACCUUCACCACAAGAACUAAAUCCUGAUUUCGAUGUUGCAGUGGUUUUUGCAAAAGCAUUGGAACUUGUUAAGCCAGUUUCAGAGAUUGAUACAGAAGGGGCUAAUGGGAACAUUGCAGCCAGUGAUUCCUUUGAUGAGAAUUCUUUCUAUUCGAGUAGAGCCCCUGAUUCUCCGCAGAACGAGCCAGUAGUGGCAUCGCCUAUCACCGAACGACAACCCCAGCCGGUGCUCAUUGACGACGCGGUUCCUGAUACUCAUGUAGCUCGUCAUAAUGGUGGACCUCGAUAUUUGGAUAAUGGGAAUCGGAACUUAGUGAAUUUGGAAUCACAUCCUCCGUCGGGACUGGCUGAAAAGAAUAUACCUCCAAGGAGCACCGAUAACACGCCCGUUCAACCUGGUAUGCCACCAGAGAGACAACAGGGCCGUGAAGAGCCAGAGCCAUUUGAAGAACCGGAAUAUUCACCGCCUGGCCCUACUACUGUGGACACCGAAAGGGAAGGUGGUGCUCAUCAACCUAUCUCAGAACGGGCCAAUGGGGGACACGCUCAUCGUGUGCCCACCCAACCUCAGCAGGAUUCCCAACGACAUCAAUACCCAGUGCAGGAUGUGAGAGUAGUCAGAAACCAUAUUACAUCCCCUGCCGCCCCGCAACCAUCAAGGGUGUCACCGCUUGCAGUGUCAAAAGUACCAGGGACCCAGCGGCAGAAUCGCCGUCAAAGGAAGGCGGAGAGAAGACUGGCUGCCCAGGCUUCAGAACGUGGCAGCCCUGAAGCACCGGUGCAACCAAUAGUUCAUCGUAAGCGUCGACGUGAACAGGAAUUCAAAGAUAGUACGCGCUCUAUGGAGGAGAGAAGACCGGCGGUGUCGCCAGAUAUUCCUCACAUUAAACCAGAGCCCGUGUCGCCACCUCCAUUUAUUGAGGUGCCGCCGGCGUCAUACCUGCGAUCCCACGCGCCCCAAAGUGGUAGUACAUAUGUUGAGAUUGAUUCUCCCCGGUAUACCCCUGUUGGCGACCGACGUGAAAGUGGUGGCCGCCCUACCUAUUAUGAUGAAAGGCACGCCAGAGGGUACGAGAUGGAUGGUUCUACUGACGUGAAUAUCACACGUUCGUCCUCGAGAUUAACUUACAAGAGGCCUUUAAGAGAAGACCGCGAUCUUCGUCGGGUUGCAACCAUGCAACAUGCACGCCAAUCAGAAUAUGUUCAGGAUUAUCCCGAGCCCAUCCCCGAGACUACGCCACGUUAUGUGCGAGCGGCCUCCUAUGCUGUGACAGAUCGACCGGUGCAGGUUCAGAAACCAAGAUACUAUGAUGAGCUCGCUCCAUCAUAUCCGAAGCCAUACGGUGCAAGUGUCCGUCCCGCCUCUCCAAGACUACGCGAAGAAUAUAUUGAAACCCAUCCCGAACCCCGUUCUAUGGGGCCUCCUCCACAACGCAGAAUUGUUAUAGAUGCUGAGGGAAAUAGAUACUACGAGUCUCUGGCGCCUUCGUCCAGAAUGCACCCUCCAUCUACCCGGUUGGCGCAUAGUGAGGCAUAUGAUGAAGGGCCACCCAUUCGCACUGCACCCGUUCGAGCGAUGUCAGUUGUCGGGAACACAUAUCCGGAUCACAGAUAUGCUCACGACAUGCCUCCGCCAGUCACCUAUCGACGGGUCCCUGAAUAUACGCGAGUGGCACCGAGCGAACAUGGCGUCUACGAUCGAGAAAUAGACGACAGAGCUCGAGUGCCUCGCGGCGCAAGUGUGCAAGUUAUUGACUAUCCACGUCGUCAUCCAACAUAUGUCGAGGAACCGGCGUAUCCGAGGGAGGAACUGGUGAGAAUGUCAAGCGUACGACCACCUCCAAGCCGCUAUGAAGACCCCGUAGAACCGCCGAUGCGUAUGCCGAGCGUCAGGCCUGUUCGACGCGAGGUGAGCGUGUACAUUGAUGAUGAGCCUCGUCAAUCCCGAGAGUACGCUCCUGUGGAUCACGUUAAUUACCCUGCUGCCAGGCAAGCGAGAGAGGAGCGUUACUAUGAUGACGAGGACACUGCGAAACUGGAUCUUGAAGGUGGUCAGGGGGUGAUUAGGAGAGUUUCUCGAAGAUAUUAA